AUGGCUAUACAAUUAACGGAAGAACAAAUCACGUAUACCACGAACACACUUUCCAAUAGUGCUCCGAGAGAUCGGUAUAUCUCCGUAGAAGAAACCACUAAUGUGGCGGAGGAUAGUAAUGCUAUUGAGGCCACUAGUCCGCAUCAAGAAUCGAGCCAUGAAUAUGAGUUGAGUCAAUCAGAAUCGUUAUCCUUCUUGUAUAAUCUUCUAUACGAUGAAAAUUCAGCGCUAAAGAAGUCAGAAAUUCUAAGUAUCUUAAAUGCACUAAAACUAAGAGAGGAUAAUUUACCAUUUUCGAUCCAGAAUCUUAAUGAAACAGACUGUCAGGGAGUAUCUUGGCCAUCGGGCCUAAGGGAAAAGAUUUCUAUUGAUAGGGGAAGAAUAGGAGAAAUAAAUUGGAUUUAUAAUAUUCCAAAGUCUAGAGAAACUAUUAGAGAUGUAAGUAAUUUAAACUUUCUACUUUAA